AUGGACGAGGCUAAAGUCAUCUUCUACGACUUCUCUUCGGUCAUCACAAGCUCGACUUCCAAGGCUUACGAUGCCGCCGCCAAAACCUAUGCCGCAGCCGUAACAAGGCUACCUGCUGGCGUACGAACCGCAAUUCAGCGUGAUCCCAUCGAGUCUCUCCAGCUAGUCGACCCCGCUACCAACUCUAUCGGAUACCUCGCGAUCAUCGAUGUUCUUCUUCACGGCUCUAUUCCACCAUCCGUUCCCCGCCAAAUAUUACUAGACAGCACUCUCCAAUUUUUAUUAAAGUUCGAUCCAAUCCAGAUUCGAUAUGUCGGGUCUCUAUUUCGAGCCCUGCUGGAAGACCUCGGCGGCUUGUUUUCGCCCACGGUUGCAGUAGAGCUACUCUCAAACGCAAUCCUUCGAAUCGAUCCGAGCGGAUCUACGUUUACGUCGACACAUCUAAUCAUGGCGAAAUUGGCGUACGAUGCAAACUGCAUUGAGCCUGCUCUCAAAGUCUUCGAUGCCGACAUUCUUUUCUAUCCACGAAACACACGUUUCGAAGAAACAAAGAGAUUAUGCGAUGCAGAGCUCGAGCCCUAUGCCUACAUGUCCUUGACCGGUCUUACAGAUGCCAUCAAGAGCACCUCUAUACUCGAAUAUCACUUUAUCCAGGCCAUGGCAUAUCUGUCAAGGAGAGAUUGGCGCAAAUCACAGACAGCAUUGGAGAAAGUAAUUGGGCACCCGACUAAGGAUAAAGGUGUUAGCAAAAUUAUGUCGGAGAGCUACAAAAAAUGGAUACUGGUAGGGCUGCUCAAAGAUGGACGGCCCCCCAGCUUCCCUCACUACAUUACUAGUGCAACAAAGGUUACAUUCAACGGGUUAAGCGAGCCUUAUACUAAUGUGGCCUCAUUAUUCACCACGGAGAAUGCGUCAGCGCUAAAAGAAGAAGCUUUCAAGGGACAAUCAACCUGGGAAGAAGAUCAGAAUCUAGCUCUUAUCAGAGAAGUUAUAUCAUCAUACCAGAAGUGGCAGAUUAUUAACCUUCGCCGGAUAUAUCGUCAAGUUUCCAUCUCUCAAAUCCGACAGACGACCUUGAGCGCUCAUACAGCCGAGACAUUAAAAAGCGAUGAUGACGUCCUCGCGCUGGUCAGUGACAUGAUCGAAUCUGGCAUGCUCAAGGGCCAGCUCCAGGUUGGACCUACGGCCGAGGAGAGCUACCUGAUGUUUCACGAAGAACAUGAUUUGAUGACGGAGGCUGAAUUUGCAGCCGAAGUGGCCCGUAGCCAUGGCAGCAUCGAGGCGCUAACAAAGCAGUAUCGGGCGACAAAUGAGCGUCUGAGUUCUACAAAGGAAUACGCACGACAUGUAGUGCGUGAACAGAAGCGAAUGGAGAAGGAUAUGGCAGAUGCGGGAGUCGGCUUCGAUGCGAAUAUAGAAGAUGAGGACCUGAUGACAGGUGUGCUAGGCAAUAUCUAG